AACUUCAUAUCAUUUGCACAGUUUUAUGUACCCGGUAUGUGCUUGCUAUUGCAUGAACAUGUUAAUUCCAAGAGGAUUUGCCUAUCAUGUUUUGGGACAUUUGUGUGCAUGUGAUAUGCUAUUGAAAUUAUUCUUAUUUUUACAUCAUUGGUAGGGGGAGUUAUCUAAGAUUAAAGCAAUGCAAUUGCUUUCUUGAAAUAAAUUGAUGUCAUGAAAAACUACAAAUCCAAUUCAAAUUGAUCUUUUCUCAAUAAUUGGGAAGUAUUUUAUAGCCAUGUUUUACCAAUGUAAUUUUAAUACAGGUACUUGAAGGGAAAUGAAAGUAUGUCACUUUUAUUACUUUGUUUAAUUUGGCAUACUUGAUGCUGCUCGUUUGGAAAGCUGUAUGUGGAGGAUAUAAUGAUAAUAAUAAUAAAUAUGAGAUUUAUAAGCGGCAAAUCCACUUGAAAUUAAUUGCUUAAGGCACAAGGUAUUCCAGCAAUAAUUGAGGAUAUGAGGUAAAACCUUUCUUGUUCCGUGCAGACGAUAUGAUUUUGAGAAAGUAUUCCAGCAAUAAUUGCUUUUCCUUGGUUUAGAUGGUUUAGAUACUUAAAUUUUUGAGAAUGCAUGCUGUUUGGUGUACGUGUAACCCUCGUCCUCUUGUGUACCCCCUCAAUGUUUGAUGUUCAAUGUUGUAUCCGAAGGCACCUAAAAUAGACACUGCACGAUACCUGUGCAAAGUAUAACUUUGUCUCUUAUCAAACAUCACCUUGGCAAUUAUUUUGUGAUUCUCUGUGUAUACUCCAGACAUCGACCGUCGGCAAAUAUACAGCCACUGGAGCGAUCGCUGAAUCGAACAUUUGCGCCGAGUCAAGUGGCAUUUCAUAGAGGCGGUGGUUGAUGCGGCGUGAAGAAGGAAGAAGGUCGAGAAAUGAGGACACGGGAUUAAACGGAGGGAGUGAUAGAGAAAGGGAUACAGACUGAAGGAUAGGAGGGGGAGUAAUAAUCCAAUGAACAUUGCUAAAUGAGCCUCGUAUAGUCCCAAUUUCAUUUCCAAGCUUGCUCAUGACGAGCUAUACAAGAUAUUAGAGACCCUCUGUUAAUUGUUCAAACAGCUUGUGACCAUCGCUGCGUUGAGCAUAAGAGCGAGGGGGAGGGAGAAGGAACCCCACUGCUAAUUUUCUCAUCAGUGUUAAAUGCUCCGUGGACGGUGAAGCAUAUUAACCGCCCACCUACGUGGGUAUUAUGUAACGAGUGGAGGGGGUCCACCGUGCAUCUCGUCGUUACCCCGCAGACCCUCCAUGGCAGGCUCCCGCCGGAGCUAAUUAUGUCUGAUGCGAGGAAGAAUCUUGUUGAAGCACGCUAGACAAUCAUCCACCGAGCUACUGUAGAUUGGGUUGGGAUUCAUUCAUUAUUUGCUGAGCUAUCUCUGACUGGUGUGCCUCGCUCACUGAUUGCUCCUGGAAUUAACCUGCCCUUCUUCUCCCAACCAGUUUACAUUUCCCUGCACCGACACGCUGCUGCAGGUGAACCGCUUCGUCUUACAUUCCCACCAUCUUCGAAGAAACGCAGUCUUCAGCCUGGCUAAGAGAGAUGACGUCAUGGAUAACAUCAACGAUCUCUAACUCUCUCCCAUCAUUUUUGUGAUUCGGCAGGUGUAAGGGGGGAAUAGAGAACAAUUCUUCAUGCCAUAAAACCACUCAGGAAAUGGAGACUUGAUUACAUGCGACUUGCUGGAUGUAAUUUUUCAUCUGACGGGGCAAUCAGUGAAAGCUCGACUUGAACCCGAGCACUUCCAUCCAUUCUCUUUCGUCAUCGGGGCAGACACAUGGAAAAUAAAUUUCAUCUCGGCCAAGUGUGAUGUCUGGAAACUCUGCAUGUGUGUACUUCGAGCAGGAUUGAUUAUGAUAAGGUUGGAAAAAGACACGGUACAUUGAAGACAGAUAAAAAAAGGGAGGAAAUGUACUCUGGUCGGAAUGACCUUCAGGUAAUGUUUUGACUUUGAGAAUGUUAUGGAAGGGAAUCGAUUGGCCUCCGUAACUCGGGGAGAUGUUCAACGUCAGCAGACUUCAAUAAGUAAUCAAUUUUUCUCACCUAAUUUCUAAGUUGCUCCGCCGCCGUCUGAAUUGUGUACGGAAGGGACAAAUGUUUUCCGCGACUUUGGAAAGUGAUCAAUUUGUCGCCUGAUGUUUUGCAUCAGAAACAGAUGAGCAUUUUUUCAUCUUGCCUGCAAAAUGUUAACUUGUUUUUCCAAUCAGAAGGCCAAUAAAAACAGCAGAUAGAUUGAAGUGACGAUAACAGCCAAGGGAAUAAGCGGUGGCAAUAGAAAUGAUUGCAGCAGGAACUUGUCACUUCAAAUGAGGCCCCUUCUUCUUUAAAUUGAAAUGACAGUUAGGGGAUUGGUGCGAAUGUCCGAGUGCUAUUUGUGGAACAAAAGCAAUUUUACUUCAUCUUGCUUCGUCGUCGAAUUCAGAAAGGGAGAGAGGGGGGUUUCAGCCUUCCAGGAGAUUUGUUUGAUCCCAAGCUUUAUUACCUCAGACUUGACGAUGGUGGGUUAACAGUGGAAGAGUCGUAAUGAAGUUCAAUUUGAAGAUGUAUACAGAUGUCUUCGUCGAGGAACCACAAGGCUGUGAUUGCCUCAGGGGAGAAGCUAUUUAGGGCAUUGUGAUUCGCUCAGCUGUAUUGUUGCAGCUAAUAGAUAAAUGACAUUGAUGCCAUUAAUAAUAAAGUGUAUUCGGGUCGCCAAAGUUGAUAUGAUUUUACCUCUAAUGAAGUUAUAUUCAUUCCAUGCGAGGUAUAUGUGACUGAUUCUAUGCAUUGCUUAUGGAGCUAAUCAAGGAGCAAUUUUCAGCUACGUCUGCCUAAUUCUAAAGAUAUCCUGAAGCCACAAUAGAUGGUAACAUUGUGAAAAUGGCUUUUGAGAACAGUACGCUGGUUUACCAGCGCAGAGCAGACAUGUUCGAUUCAGAAUCAGACCAGCUGUCUUCGAGCGGUGAGAGCUCCCCUCGAGAGGGCAUCGGAAAAUCUAUUGUGAUUCCAAAUUUUGGAGCCGUCCAGCAUAACCCCAACAAACGAAUCCCGCUCAUGGGCACCUGGAGGCUACAUGAGAGCGUACAUAUUAACAGAAGUCGGCAGAAUUCAGACAGGUCGUCCGGCGUCGAUUCCGAUGCUGAUUUUGUCUUCCGUCAUAAAAGUAACGGUGUCAACGCAAGGUAUUCGGCCGUGAGGCGACUUCCCGUGAAUGGUCACUGCGAAGGUGAUUGCGAAAGGGACAGGAAUGGUGUCCGUUAUCAUACGGCUGCUCCUGAGCCAAGGAAAGAGCAUCUCAAUAGUCACUGUGGAUCAGACUUGAGGAAAUUUGAUGUGAACGGCGCUCCAGUUAGACCGGACCUUCAUGUCACAAACGGACAUCGCAAGGAAUACAGCAUUCUGAAUGGAAAUAAUGUGUAUAUCAAUGCAACCACUACAGUAGGUGAAUGGUUACAAAAUGGCCAUUUUGACAUUGGCAGCAGGAAUGGUCAAAAGUCUGGUGUAGGAAACACUAAAAAGAACCCUACACUGUCAGUCAACAACAACGUAAUAAAGGAAGACUUCAGUACCAAUGGCAAAGUGAACUUUAACCAAGAAAUUGAUGAGAACAGCCCCAUUUUCAUCCAAGGUUUGAAAUUGGAUGAGAAUUUGAACGCAGGGAUCGCAUCGUUGUUGUAUUCAAACACCCCCUCCUUGACGUUUUGCCAAAGGAAGAGACUUAAUUUCAUGAAACUUUGUCUUCGGCGGAAUCAACCGUUCUACUUUCUGGAGAUGGCAGGAGAGAAUGACAAGGUUCCAAGUCCUAGGAUGUUGAUGCCACGUCCAAACUCUGCCUUCAUCCAGAGGAUGAUCCCUGGCACAGGCUCCAAGGAACAUGGUGUCUCCGUCCAAAGCAGUCUCGACAGUGACAAUGAGGAACUCGUCUUCAACAAACAGGGUGUCAACAUGGGUCCUUCGGACCAGUCCUUGUCCGAGAGGGGUGUGGCCGACAGGGGAGUCCCCCAUCGAGACUACCGGAAGCUGCAGUCAAAGUGCCAUGAUACCAUGCUCAAGCUGGAGACCCUGAAGCGACAGAACGAAGAGACACUGAAGAUGUGUGACCAGUCGAGAAAAGAUGCUGACUACUACUGCAAGCAGCACCGGACAGCUAUGAGCAAUGGAGAUCAACUGCGGGGGAAGCUUCAGGGGCUUCAGCAGGAGUAUGCCGAGCUGAUGUCCGAGCGAACCCAAGUGCAACAGGAAAUCAAUGAUCUAAGACAGAGAUAUGACGACGAUGCCAAAGAGUUGAAUGAACUCAGAGUCCAGAGUCGGGAGUUUGUGAGUGUGAUGGGACAACCGGAUGUGAAGAGAAUGUACGACAUGGCUAUGGAUAGGUAUGAGACCUUGAAACAUGAGUAUGACAGUCUUCAGAAGCGAUAUACUGAUGUCAAGAGCUCUCAUGGAUCAGGUGUGAACAAGAUUGAAAGGUUGCAGGAAGAUAAGAGCCAGUUACAGGUUCAGAUGGAAACGGCUGUGAAGGAGCGGAAUGCACUGAAACAGCAGUGCACAGGUGCAAUAAGGGAGUAUGAGAAAGCUCGUCGGGAGAUGGAGGAACUCCGGAAGCAGGAGUUCAAAGCCCAGCAGGAAAACAGGCUCCUGAAACAAGCCAUCAAAAAGACACAGAUAGAACGUGAUCAGGCCGUACGGGAGCACCGUCUGGUCAUGAGCGAGCGCGACGAAGUCCACAAGGAGAUUGAAAAGCUCCAGGACGAAGCGCAGCACGAAUCUGCCAAGCGAAGGACCGCCGAAGAAAAACUUGCCACCAUGCAGAACGACUACAGCCACCUGCAUCAGAAGCUCGUUGACACGUUGCGCGAGCAGGACCAGUCGGAAAAGAAGAUCAGCGACCUGUCGGAACGCUACCGGGUCAUGAUCAACAACACGAUGAUGGCUAAGAAGGAACGCGAGGGUAUCCUUCAUGAACUCAGAAAGUAUGAAGAGGAGCUUCAGGUAGCGCGUCAUGAGCGGAAGGAAGCGUUGGACCAGCUGGAAGAGGUCAACCAGGAGAGGUACAAGGCCAGACAGGAGCAGGAGAUGACCAACCAUGAGUACAAAGAAGUCAACAAGGAAGUGGAGUCUUUGAGAAGGAAGGUGGAUUCCUUGACCAGAGAACAUAAGGAAUCAGUACAGGAGUCCGAGAAUGCCAAGAGGUUACGAGAUUGGGCUUUCAUGGAGAGAGACAAGAUUGUGGCAGAGAGGGAGAGCAUACGCGCCCUCUGCGACAAACUCCGCCGGGAGCGGGACCGUGCAGUCAGUAACUACGCAGAAGCGCUGCGCAAGACGGACGAUGUCGAGCGCAAGAAGAACGAGGUCACAAAAGAACUCAACGAGGUCAAACAAAACGUGAUCCAGCAGGAAGAGAAAGAAGCGAGGAUGAGGCAGCUGAUUGCUCCUCGGAGCCGAGACUCAGCCAUUGAUGCCGACUCACAGGAAUGGCAGAUGGAGAUGGUGGAGUUAGAAACAGUCAAGGAUGAUGGUGAUAUGACGAUGCUAGGCUUCGACAUCGGAGACUGUAACAAGGAUCACCAGUUCCCUGAUGAUUGCUCCGUCGUCAUCACAAAGGUUGACAAGGGCAGCAUUGCUGAUGGGAGAUUGAAAGUGAAUGACUGCGUGGUGAGAGUGAACAAUGUUGAUUUGACGAACGGCGGAGAUUGUAGCAUUGCAGUGCAAGCCGUCAAGAACAACCGAGGAGUUCUUAACCUGGUUGUGAAGCGACGCAGGCCCUCUAAUGUUCGUCAUCAUCCAGUCAAGCUAUUCUACGGGGGGAAAGAGCAUGGCCUUGUCCUUGAUAAUGGUAUCUUCAUCAGUAGGAUAGUGCCUGGCUCUGCGGCAGCUAAAGAGGGCAGUCUCCUGCCUGGUGACAGGAUACUCUAUAUUGAUGGAUACCUUGUGGAAAACAAGUCUGUCACUGAAGUCGAAGAGAUGCUAUCCUCGACCAGCGAGUCAGUGAUGCUGAACAUCGUCAGGGUAACGGCGAUGUCCAUGUCAUCCAGCACCAGCCCGACAGUAGAGUCCAUCCAGAGCCAUGACACGUCCUCCUCCAAGUCCAGCCUGACCCAAUACCUACCCCCGAUGGAGCUCGCAGGACAGAAGUCGGACAGGAAUGGCAAUCUCCAGCAGCCUCCAAGCGCCAAGGACGAGAAUGUCAAGCAAGCCCUGAGGGCGUUUGUCCAGCGCAGGGAGAGCAUGCAUUCGAGGGAGAGCAGCCAUGAGUCGGCCAACAGCGGUGAACAGACUCCACUGGCAUUGUCCAGGCAAAAUUCUGUCAAGGAACAAAUGCACAACCUGGACCCGAAGCGCGACAAGAGAAUGACGGUGGGGGAUUAUCCGCAGAACUCGCUAAAGAGGAGUGAGCUCGGGCAACGUGAGAGCAGAAAGUCGUACUCUGGACGUGAGAAUUUAGAGUUUAUUUCGCAUCCCGGUCAUUCCAAUGGACAAUAUGAUCAUAUGCGGCAUAGUGUAGGAGAGUACGUUAGACCGUCGUCACCGGGUGCAGUACUGCGUCACGAGAACUACCGUAGUGAUGGGAACCUCAUUUCUUUUAACGAUAGUCCUCAUGGAAACGAAACGGCACACAGACCUCAGGAUGGUGGCCGGAGAGAUGUUGCUCACGCAAAUGAGGUCAAGAAAGAUGGACAGUCACUCACCAAUGGUGACCUUCGACCUCUUCCAGGGUCGAGGGGGAGUCCACGGGAAGGGAAUCGUGAGAGUCACGAUGGGGAUUUUUCUCAAGAGUACUUUGUUAGAACUGGUCCCCACAGGGAAAGCAUCCACAACCGACACGCCAGUAAGAGCCUAAAUCGCAAGAGGGAAUUCAAUCCGUGGAGCGAGCCGAGCCGCUUCACGUAUCCGGCACGAGUGCCCAACAACAAGCCUUCUUACGAGUCCAACCAAUCUCAUUGGGAAGAUUGCAACAUUGAAAGUGUACGUAAUAGUCAUGUAAAUGGGAAUGUGCAAGUAUCGAGACCUACAUCACAGGAUUGUUCCCCGAGGGACUUCCAUGCCUCAUCGCCUCAUAUGCAGCAGUCGGUACUCUCUGGGCACACGCGAAGCUGGUCUAGCAGCAGUGGACGUGACAUGGAAGCCAAUUUCAGGCCUGAGGAAUAUGCAUCAUUUGACAGGGAGGAUAACUUUCAUGAGUGGGAUCAGAAACAUGCAUCCAAUGACGUUUCCCCAGGAGAUGCUGAAAGCAAAACAGUGCCUGUGAAGCACCCCAAACAGCAAGUUCUUGUCAAGGACCACAGUACUUGGCCCCGAUCUCACGGGCCACCUGAUCCUCACAAACCGGGACGUAAAAAGCGUAGAAGGGGACCAAUUCCAGACAUGACCCCAAGGAAUGAUAAUAUUGAAGCGAUUGUUAAGCCAACUCCACCCAGUCGUACAUCAUCAUUCAAAGCCUCGUUGAGACAUGUGGAGCCAUCGUCAGCAUCCUCAAACGGAUCAGAAUCUAGGCGGCAGUCAUCAACUGCAGGGUCAGACGGAAAAAGUCAGGGGUCACUCCAUACAGCGCAAAGCCCGACUGUCAAGGUUUCACCCAUCAACCCCUCAAGUCCUAUGAAUAAUAUCAAUCGCAAUGGCAAUGGCAGGGACUCGCCAAAGCAGAAUGGCUUCUUCCUCUUUGACUCUCCUCACGAAAACACCAAAUCGUACGUUUCCGUGACCAAAGAUGUCACGCAGGCUGUGGCCUAUCGUCCUGUCUCGGUUACAUCCGUGUCGCAAAUCAAAUAUUUACCCAGUGAAAGUGCAAUAGUGCCCCGAGUGGACCCUCCCACUCACGCCACAUCUCCGGGAUCCUACUCUAGCCAAAGGCCACCAGAACCACUCCAGAUUGUCCGAGCAGAUCCAGUAGUGACAGUACCACCUUGGGACACCUCGUCGCUCCCGUCGGAGUCGGGAACUCAUAGCCACUACAACACCUGGGCACACAUCUCCAUGCCAACAGAAGCCCAGGUGAUUAUCCAGCCUGUCACUGUACCCAGCUACAAGGCCAUCAGCUAUAAGCUACAGUCGGCCAUCACCAACAACCGCUACUACCCGGACAGCCCCAGCUGCCAGCAGCCACCAUCACCAGGCCUACCUGACUUCGACCCCUUCCCGAAAUACCCCGGAGAGCCGAUCAACCUCUCGAGGACAUCGUUGCCUGGGAGCGGGAGAGGACACCAGCACGAUUACAGCACGGCGUCUCUGCCUAACAAGUUCACCAGGAUUCAGUUUCCCUGCUAUCCCAGUCGCCCUAGUCCUGGACCUUCCAGCUCCUCAGAUAUUGCUUCUAUCAAUUCUGGACACAGCAGCCCAACAUCACCAAGUGUGAUCGAUGACUCUCCUUACCUCUCUCCUGCCGUCUCGGUAGAAGCCAGUGUCACUGUCACAAGUCAAGGUGGACCUAACGAUACUCGUCUGAUCGAGAUCGAGAAGACGUUGGAGCCGGGGCUAGGCUUCAGCAUUAAGGAAGCCGGAGGAAUCUUUGUGAAUACCGUCACAGAGGGCAGUCUUGCAGAUAGAGGUGGACUCAAGUAUGGAGAUCAAAUACUAGAGGUAAAUGGAAUCAAUCUUCGUCGUGCUACCUACGACAAUGCUGUGCAGAUCUUAACGAGGGCCGGAAACAGCAUCUGUAUCAAGGUGCAAUACAACAGGAGCAAAAUGGAAGAUGACCAUAGGAGCUCGAUGUGUUCCAGCACUCAGUCCACCCCCAUCGCCUCCCAGACCAGCACCAGGACCAACUCACCAACCCCUACCAUCACUCCUCCUACCCCAAGGGCUAGCAGAACACAGAGUAUCCUCUCUUCCUCGUCAUCUGUAAUGUUGAGUGAGCCUCGGUUUGUCUUUCUCGCCGGGGGAAAGGGCGGGGGAAGCCUGGGGAUACGGAUGUACGGAGGAAACAAAGUGGGCAUCUUUGUCGCCGAAAUAGAACCAAAGAGUCCCGCUGCGAAGUCGGAAGGGCUUUUGAUUGGGGAUCAGAUUAUAGAGAUCAAUGGCGUUAAUCUGAGAACGGCUACGGCUGAGAGAGCUGCUAUUGAGCUCCAGAAACCAGCAGAAGAGGUCAGCAUCCUGGUCCAACAUAACCUAUCAAUAUUCAACAAGAUCCAGAACCGCAACUGCGAUGAGCUGUACGUCAAGGCCUUGGUGGAUUUCUCCGCAGAGAAGGAAGGCCAGCUGUCCUUCAAGAAGGAAGAGGUCCUGGUCGUGGAAGACACCAUGUACAACGGUUCUCUCGGGGUAUGGUUCUCUUGGCUUAUCAACCACGAGGGCAAGAAGUGCAGGGGCCCCGGCGGUCAGAUUCCUAGCAAGACAGCUCUCCACCGUGAGAUGGUGAGGCGUCGCCUCCUCUCAGAGGGGAUGCAGGAGGAGGAGCUGAGGACCGCAUCCUCCCGGCGCAGCUCCGGCCCCGCCCGACGCAGCUUCCUGAAGCGCAAGAAGAAACACCAGCACAACAACUCCAAGGACAGCAGGGAACUCAGCGAGGGUUCCAUGACGGACGUCCCCGUACAUGAAGAUGCAAGUGUCCCUACAUACCUGAGGGUGGAGCCUCUAGACAUGCACAUCAAACGGCCUGUCAUUUUGCUGGGGCCUUUAGUAGAGAAAGUCGCUCUGAAGAUGACGGAGGAAUCGCCCAACAAAUACUUCAGAGCUUAUCCAAAAAUGGUACAGUCGGCAAGCCACAUGUUGGAAAAGGACAUCGAGAACGGACUCAUCCUAGAUUACCAGCGAAAGGACGGCAUGUUUGAGGUCAUUAACACAUCGGAUGUCAAAGAUAUCUGCAAGAAGGGUUGUCAUUGCAUCCUAAAUGGCCUCAAUCCUCAUGUUGCCGAGAGACUUCAGAGACUACAGCUUCACCCCAUCGUUAUCUUUGUCAAGUUCAAGACAAUCAAGAACAUUAAGGAGCAGAAAGAUCCUCACUUCCUCCGAGAAAAAGUAACUCACAAACAAGCAAAGGAACUCCUGGAGGCUGCCAAUAAGAUUGAGCAGGAUUUCAAGUCCCUCUUCUCAGAUAUUAUUCAAGGAGGAAACUUGGCCAGUAUAUCACUUCGUGUCAAGAACUUGAUUGAUACUGAGCAGCGCAAACCUAUCUGGGUACCCUCAAGUCAGCCACUCUAGGAACAAUUUACAUUGUUGACUGUUGAAUACUUUAAACUAUCGUGAUUUAUGACAUCAGACUUGCAUCAACUAAUAGCAGACAGAUAGACAUCAACCAAUCACAGCUAGCAGACAUUGGUCUAAUAUUAGCCAUGAACAGCUAGCAGACAUCAUUCUGACAUCAGCCAAUCACACUUAGCAGACAGUUUGACAUCAGCCAAUUACAGCAAGCAGACAUCAACCAAUGACAGCUAGCAGACACCAGUCCAAUAUCAGCCAAUCACAGCUAGCAGACAUCAGUCUGAUAUCAGCCAAUUACAGCUAGCAGACAUCAGUCUAAUAUCAGCCAAUCACAGCUAGCAGCAGACAGACAUCAGCCAAUUACAGCAAGCAGACAUCAGCCAAUGACAGCUAACAGACAUCAGUCUGAUAUUAGCCAAUCACGGAUACCAGACAAUAGUCUGUUAUCAGAAAAUCAAAGUCUGCAGACACCAUCUUGACAUCGGCCCCCAAAAAAAUAUCAGACAUCAGUCUGACAUCAACUUGGGAUGACAUGGAAAGUCUUGGCCAAAUGCCUUACUUACUGUUCAAUCAACAGAAUACUGUACCCGUACAGUACUCUUUUAUGGAUUGCUGUUUAAUAAGGAAAGUAUGAGAUGGGAUGGAUGAGAAUAAGAGACUUUGAACCAUGUAGAGUGUGUGAUAGUGAGAGAUAAAACCCUUUUCUUUUGGUUUUUCACAUUAAAAUUAAAAGAAGGAAUUUAUUUGAUUUUGAUUAAUUAAAGUCCAGUGCAAUUUCUUUAAAUUAUGCACAAAUUGAAAGGGAAACGAUGGGGAUAAAUCUGGACAUUCUCAUUGCUUUCAUAGUCUAAACUUGUGAUAUUUUGAGCUUUACAAUUCUUUCACUGCCAUAGUUACGUAGAUACAUUCACUUUGCCUGUGUUUUCAUCAGACAUAUAGUCUUAUAAUAGCUGUUUCGGUAUCAUAAUUGAUAAUCUUAGUUAAGGAAUGCAUAUCAUCUGUUAGAGCAAGAAGGGGGUUAAACUGAACACCUUUCUGGCUUUGAACAGACGAUAUACUUAUAAGGUUCAAUAUAAAUUGAAAUAUGAAUUAUAUGGGGCUUCAGUUUCCUGCCAUAAUUUAAAUGAUUUCUUCAGACACGUAUUGAUACAUUCAAAACACACCUACUGCCGAAUUAAAUUUGAAUUCUUGUAUUAUAAAGAGAAAUUGAUUGACAAAAUUUAGAUUAUAUUGAUGAAUUUAUCCAGGGCUUUUAUUAUAUUUGUAUUCAGAUGUUUUUAUCAUGAGUGAGACUUAAUCUGCCAAAUCUCUUUUUGAUCAAUUCUAUUGAGAAUUUUAUUCCAUGUAAGCUCGGCAUAAGUAGCAGAUAAACUGUAUUCCGAUUCAAUACUAAAAAAGAUUAAUGUUUGAGCAUGGUCAUACUUUUUGUAAAAAUCAAAAUCAAAUUCCAAAGAAAUGUCAAAGUCAUAAACUGAUAUUAAUUGUCAUGUCAUUUCAACCAAAGUUUAUGACAUUUCGAUUUGUUUUAUCAAAAGACUGGGUGAGACUGACUGUCAACUUCUUUCAUUUCCCUAUGAUUGAAACAGAUUUUUUUUCUGAAAAAAGAAGAAUUUUGUAAGCUUUGGAGAGCGGAGUUUGAUGAAAGUUUUUCUCAAUCGUCGAUUAGAGAACCAUUUCCUUGCCUUUGUAUUUAAUGAAAUAGUAUGUUUACAUGGAUGAUGUUCACUUAUAACUUUAGAAACUUGUAGCAUCUGUUGAGAGAAGACUACGGUAUGAGAGAACACCCAUUUAGCUCUCGGGAGUGAGAUGGUUUUUUUAGCCUCAUCCACGUGGCACCCACAGCCAGCAGAGAAGGGUAAAUGUACGUCCUGCUCAGAAAUAGUAUGAAAUAUUUGCAGAUGCAAAGAAGUUGUUUUAAAAGGUCCAUGUUUGAAAGAAGUGCGCUGGAAGAAGUAAAAAGAGACUGAUUGUGUUUGAUUUCUGUGUAAAUUUUGGUUACCGUUAGGAAUGUAAUGGCCUGUGUGUUUACACGGUGGCUUAUGACAGUGCUUGAAGCGUCACACUGACUGUGAUCUAUUUGUUGGGUUCAGGAGGUAAGGUCAUACAUGUAAGGAGAAGUUGUGGCUUAAAAUGGAAUGUGAAUGCAACAAGCUAUCAUAAUUGAACUCUGCCCACAGUCAUUGAUUGUGUUCAAACUGCCCUAUAUGUUCUGUUUGAUUGGUAUAGAUAGGAGUUGAGAUGUACAGGUAUAAUGUUCACAUUGUUUUUAAUUCGUGGUUUAAAUUGAAAUGUGAAUGCAGCCAGAUACUUCGAUGGAACUCUGCCCACAAUCCUGAAUUGUGUUCACAUUGCCUUAAUAAUGAUGAAAUGAUGUUUCUGUAUAGUAUGCGUUCACUGUGUGAAUGCAGGGUUAGGAGAUGUGAGAUGACUUUCAAAAAUGCUUGCCUUAAGAUCAAUUGUUGUGUGUAUGGAUAUGGAUAAAGAAAUUGGAUGCUUAGAGCCAAAAGGGCGUUAACACUCCCAACAUUGAGUUAACACACUUCUGGCUCUGAACAAACGAUUUGAUUUGUGAUUUGUGUGAACCAACCAGUGUUGGGAUAUGACACUGAAUCCAUACUGAAUGUAUUCAAAAUGAAAUCUUUUUGUCCUUCUCUUGCAAUUUAUAUUCUGACUCAAAGAUUUAAUUUAAUAACACUUAAAAGUAAGGACAUUUUGUCCGCUGAUAUGUAUAUUUAGCAUGCAUUGAUAACGUGUAGAUUUAUUUCGUGAGAAAGAAUUAGAAAUAUUUUGACGGAGAAGAAGCCAACUUUUAUUGGUGGUGUAUCUUUGUAGAAAGUGAAAUGUUGUACAUAAUUCAUGCUAUUUUGAUGAAAUUUUUUCAUGUAGAAUACCCACUUUGCAACACAGUAAUUAUGUAAGCAAAUGCUUGCAUGGAAGCCAUAUUGUGAGUGAAAGAAAAAUAGAAAUAUAUAUAUAUUCUGUAAGAAGAGUCUUGGGAUAAUGAAAUGAAUGUGUCCCACAGUUAUUUUUUCGUUGAAAUGUACAUGCAUAAAUGUAUUUUUUUCGGUUGGAAAUGUUUUCAAGUAGAGAAGAAACGUUGCAAUUUGCUUGGAGCUUUGCCAAUAAGCUUUGUACUUACAGUUUUUAAUUCAACCAAUUAUCUGAUUCAACAUAAAGCAUUAGAAUGCCUUGAAGGGGUUCUGAAAUACCAGUAUCAUUUCAUCAUUUCUUUAUUUUAAGAGCUUUUCCAAAUACUCGGUCGUGAAAGAAAGGUAAAGUUUUAGUUGGAAAUGGUUCUUUUUCCUUUUUGGAUUGUAUCAUGCAUUUUGAACAGUGAACCACUUAAAUGAAAUCAAAAUAUAGAAUUAUAUAGAUUAACUAGAAUGGUGAUAUCCAUUGAUAUGAAAAAAUUAUUGAAUAUGGUAGGACAUCUUUAUUGAUCCUAUUUUUUAAAGUCAUAGUGUCUCAUUCUUAAGAAAUGCUAGUAAGACAUAAUAUUUGCAACAAUUGCUUUGAGCAGAAUUUGUUGCUGAUUUCACAAAUCAACAACUGUGCAUAGGCUUAAGCAUUGCAUUUACGUUGGUUGUGAAACUGGUCUCAAAUUAUAGAAUAAAUACAAAGAAAUCAUCAUGUUACAUUUAUAUAGAACGCAUUUGCUCUCUUUUUUAGUUUUGUGAAUGUGAGAAGUCUCAUAACAGAAAUUAAUACAGGUCAUUCAUUAAUUUCUGUGCGUAGCCGGUCAGAUUUGCAUUUGGUUUGGACAGACAUCUGUAUAGUAAAAUACAAGUAAUCAGUGUUUAUUCCAUGCAAUUUUUUUUUUUAAUGACGACCUCUUACCAACUUGGAAGAAAAUACAGCUUCUCAGAAUCUUAAUUAUAGUUAUUUUGAAUUCCGGUAGAAUAACAUGAAAAUUCUGACUCUGUGAAUAUUUCCAUCUGAACAGUACUUGCCUUUAGCGCCGUCUUUCUAUUGAAACUGUUUAGUAUGCCAUCCCCUUAUCUUUCAAUCACUGCCUACACUAUUCAUCACACUGAUCACCUGUUUAAACAAAACCUGUGAAUAAUGAUGCAGACUAAAAUUUUGAGCAAUAACAAUUACAAUCGUAUUCACAAACUCAGAAGACCCGCUAAAUGGAAGUAUUAAUUUUAUGAGUGUCCGUUCACAAAUAAUAAUAAUAUUUUGCUUUUAUAUAGUGCUUAAUGCAUCGUCAGAGUCUGUAAACACUUUACUAAUAUAUUAUUAACCCGGUCAUAGGAUUCAGGCUUGCCCGCACACUAUAUAUGCACACUCUCUCCACUCCCUGGGGAGCAUUCCAGCCAGGCGCCAUUUUGUAGACGCUGAGCAAAUUACAUUCAAGUAUGAAAGGUGUAUUAGAUGAUCUCACCCACCACUGUUGGUCUUUGUCAUUCUUUAUUUUAAACCAAAGAUGUCACAAAUCAAUCACCAGCUCAUCUUUAGAAGUUGUGUUUUUUAUGCAGAUUUAUUUUUAGUUGUGACUGUCACAAGAAUUAUAGAAAUCAUUGUCAUGCUUUAUUUCCUUUGGUUAAAGAUAUUUUUUUGCUGGUCUACUUAAAAUUGUUUUUGAUAGUGUAAUGCAAUAUCAUUUGCAGUUUCUAUGCUGAUUUUUUAUAAUUUAAGAUGAUUUGGAUUGCUUGCAUUUGCUAUUUUUGUGGAUUUUUUCUUCAAAGCCCAUGUCUUAAUGAAAAAGAAGUUCAACAUUGGGUGUUUCGUUUGCCAAGCCUAAUUUGUGGUCAUUUUUUUAUAAUGUGAUUAACUAAAUAUUUUUUCGAAGAUGUGAGAAUUAAGGUAUAGGUUUGUAAAUUUUUCUCUUUUUUUCAAAUUGAGUAUGUAUAGGUUAGAAGUCGGCAGAGGACCGGUCUGUGUGCAGUUGACUAUCUGUUGGUUCUUUUUUUCAAUUUUUUAAUUUUUAUUGUUUUUGCUGCGAAUAAAUCGUGCUGACAGAGUGAA